AUGCUAGGACUCAUUCAAUUCUUCACCCUUGCUUGUGGCUUCAUCGUUUCAUUCUUCCCUGAUGAGAUAGAUCGAGCUACGGCUCAUUGGCGACAGUCGCAAGAUCUUUCUCCUCCAGGCAUAACUCAUUGGCCCACGGACAUUUCGAGGGACAUCGUUCCCGUCCAAUGUCAUUCGCACAAUGAUUACUGGCGUCGCGUACCUCUGUACUCGGCUCUUGAAGCAGGUUGUAUCGGCGUCGAGGCCGAUGUGUGGCUUUUUGAUGAGGAGCUUUAUGUUGGACAUUCAAGAGCCUCCCUCACUCCAAGCCGCACGCUACGGAGCAUGUACAUCGAGCCCUUGAUGAGGAUUCUACGCAGACAGAACCCCAUAACCCACUUUAACCCCUUCCAUGAUGAGCCCCUAAACGGGGUCUUUGACACCAAACCUUUACAACCGCUGAUCCUUCUUAUUGACUUCAAGACUGGUGGCGAAGAGACCUGGGACUAUGUCGUUGAGCAACUAGGGCCACUCCGUGAAAGUGGCUAUCUGACCUACUACAAUGGAACUGACAUCAUAAACGGCCCCAUCACCGUCGUGGGAACUGGGAAUACUCCUUUCAACCGGGUCACCGGAAAUGCCACAUAUCGGGACAUUUUCUUCGACGCACCCCUCGACCGACUGGUAGACAAGGUCGACCGAAUUGACACCCCCGCCAUAAUCCGAGCCCGAUCCGAUAACUCUGGCCAAGGCCUAUCAGGAAUAUCAAGUGGAGACAUCGAACCCGACACAUUCGACACCACGAAUAGCUAUUACGCAUCAGUCUCAUUCAAGAAAGCCGUCGGAAUCCCCUGGAUGCUUCACCUGACAGACCGCCAGAUGCAAACCAUCCGAUCCCAGAUUCGCGCCGCCCACCGUCAAGGUCUCAAGGUCCGGUACUGGGGAACUCCCGAUUGGCCGCGGAGUCUGCGCAACCAUGUCUGGCGAGUUCUCGCACAGGAAGGCGUCGAUAUGCUCAAUGUGGAUGAUCUCGAAAGCGCGACUAGAAAGGAUUGGGCGCCUCGACUCUCCGACUGGUGGCAUUGA